GGGCGGCGCGGGGCCGCUCUGGCCGCGCGCCUCGGUGGUGCGGAGUCCCGGAAGCGGCGCGGGCCGAGGCCGCAAUGGCGGAGAGCCCGGCGGCCGAGGACGCGGCCCCGGCCCCGGCCCCGGCCGCGGUGCUGGCGGCGGGCGGCGGCAGCGCCUCCCCGGGCGCCGCGGGGACCCCCGGCGUGUUCAUCCCCGCCGAGCUGUGGGCGGCGGCGGGUUUCGGCGCGGCCGCGGCUCCCGGCAGCGGCGCGGCUCCCGGCGGCGGCGGCGCCCCGAUGGCGGCGGCGGCGGCGGGGGCCGCGCUCCUCACGCACUCCGCCUUCUGGGACCCCACGGUCAGCGGCGACUGGGACAGCGAGCGGCCCAGCCCGGCCUGCCUGCUGCGGAUCAAACGGGAUAUCAUGUCCAUUUACAAGGAGCCGCCCCCGGGAAUGUUCGUUGUGCCUGAUCCCCACGACAUGACCAAGAUCCACGCGCUGAUCACCGGCCCCUUUGACACCCCCUACGAGGGCGGCUUCUUCCUGUUCCUGUUCCGCUGCCCCCCGGAUUAUCCCAUCCACCCGCCCCGCGUCAAGCUCAUGACCACGGGCAACAACACCGUCAGGUUCAACCCCAACUUCUACCGCAACGGCAAGGUCUGCCUCAGCAUCCUGGGCACGUGGACAGGCCCAGCCUGGAGCCCGGCCCAGAGCAUCUCCUCGGUGCUGAUCUCCAUCCAGUCCCUGAUGACAGAGAACCCGUACCACAACGAGCCCGGCUUCGAGCAGGAGCGGCACCCCGGGGACAGCAAGAACUACAACGAGUGCAUCCGGCACGAGACGAUCCGCGUGGCCGUGUGCGACAUGCUCGAGGGGAAGUGUCCCUGCCCCGAGCCCCUGCGCGGCGUCAUGGAGAAAUCCUUCAUGGAAUACCUGGAUUUCUACGAGGGCGUGUGCAAGGAGAGGCUGCACCUGCAGGGCCAGACCAUGCAGGAUCCUUUCGGGGAGAAGCGCGGCCACUUUGACUACCAGGCUCUGCUGGGGCGGCUGCAGGGGCUGCGUGCGCGGCUGCAGGAGCGGCUGCAGCAGGACAGCACCGAAAUGGACUCGGAGAGCAGCUCCUCGGAGCCCGAGCCGGACACUCAGGGCUGCCCCAAGGCCUAGCGAGGCUGAGCCCGGCCCCGGGACUGCAGCACAGCCGGGAGAGCCGGGAGAGCCGCCGGAUCCCUCCCUCCCUUCCUCCCUCCCUCCCUCCGGAGACUUCCCAGAGAAUUCCCAAAAAGAGACAAAGCCGAGCUCGGGACAGGCUCCUGUUGGACAAAAGGUACUUCCUGGCACGUGGCAUCAGGUUCUUUUUGGGGUUAUUUGGGGGUUUUUUGGAGAACACCUACACUGGUUGGGGUUUUUUUGCUUUUUUUUUGGUUUUUUUUUUUGGUUGGUUUUUUUUUUUCCAGGUUUUUUUUUUUGGUUUUUUUUUUUUGUUUCUCCGAUUAAAGAAUGAGCUCUAGACUGCAAAUCCUCGAGAGCUUUUCUGCUCCUAGGCAGGGAGGGAGCUCUUCCCUGGAGCUUUGGGAGCGCUUGGAUAACCCCGGGGCGCAUCCAGGUGGAAUUUGGGAGAGCCGGGGGCGUUCCCGGGGGUUUUCUCCUAAGCAGACCAAAGAUAAAAAGGAAUUUUCCCCGCUGGAAUUGCGGCUCCUUCCCCAAAGCCUCCCCCGAGCCCUGGGGCGCUUUGGAAACUUCACAUGGAAAGCAGGAACUGCGGGAAUCCACGGAUUUAUUCAUCCGGGAGCUUUGGGAAAGGGAGGAUGAGGAAAAACGCUCGGAGAGGAGAGGAGGGGAGCGCUCAGGGUUGGUGUUUUAUCGCCGGAAGCGUCGCUUUGGAUUUUGUGUUUUGGGAGGGAUUUUGUUCCUGGUGGAGCCGGUUUUUCCUUACCUGGAAUUCUGGUGUCACCUUUCCCAUCCCCUCAUUCCCUGUCCUUCCGUGGAGAGCCCGGAAAAGGGACAAUUCCAGGGGGAAUCUCGGGAAAAUUCCUUUGCCAAACCUUGGGAAAUCCCAGAGUUUUGGGAAAUCCCACGGUUUUGGGAAAUCCCGGAGUUUUGGGAAAUCCCACGGUUUUGGGAAAUCCCAGAGUUUUGGGAAAUCCCACGGUUUUGGGAAAUCCCAGAGUUUUGGGAAAUCCCACGGUUUUGGGAAAUCCCGGAGUUUUGGGAAAUCCCACGGUUUUGGGAAAUCCCACGGUUUUGGGAAAUCCCAGAGUUUUGGGAAAUCCCACGGUUUUGGGAAAUCCCAGGAUUUUGGGAAAUCCCAGAGUUUUGGGAAAUGCCAGGAUUUUGGGAGCGCUGGCAGUGCUCGGAGCAGGAUUUAUCCCGGCAUUGCCUCGGAGAUGUGGCAGUGGCCGUGCUGCCCUGCCCAGCCGCGGGCGCAGGUGAAAAUUCCACG